CCCACAUACGUCCUCGCGUUCAUCUCCAAUGGCAACCAAGUGCAUUUGUGUUGUUUAUCAAGAAUGGAUUAUCUUUCUGAGAGGGAAAUGGCACAGAUAGCGAAGCUCCAGAGAGAGUCUGGUGUACAGCAGCUCAGCUCUCAUUUCUCAUGGCCUGAGAGCUAUGAUGAACAACGGUGCUUCCAUCAGGAGUUUGUGUAUGACGUUGCUAUGUUUGCUGCUGCCUGUGGCUUCCCCUGGUCUAACGUGAUCCAGGCAGCUGUGAUCGCCAAAGACAUCUUCCUACAGCUGGAUGCUCUCGAUGUACCCAAACUCCUGUCCUUGCUGAGAGAUGCACUGUCUGAGUGUUUACCAAAUCUUACCCUUUUCCACCAACUGGAGUUCACCAAGUUCCUCACAGACACAUGUGUUGCUCGGCGGAAGCUUUUUCAGGCAGUGUUGGGUGGAGCUCUUAACACACCCACUGUUCAGCUGCACCUGGAGGUGCAGUUGCCUCCCACACCCUGUCCUCUAGCACAGGGCACAGAUCUGUAUGAGUGGGAGCAUCAGUGUCAGGAGGCCGAGUUCACCUCGAUCCUGCAACAGAAGGAGGACGAGCUGUGAAGUCUCAGAGAUUGGCCAAGAGCCACUCUGGGGGAGGUCAGUCUCCUACAGGGGGAGCAAAUGGACAAAGACUUAAGACUCACUAAGGGAUGUAAAGAGAAAACCAAUGAGCACAUUUAGGAGUAUCUUUCUAUCCCUAACUGGCAUUAUAGAAUGGAUCGAUGCAGCACUGAGGGCCACAACAGUAGUUGAGCAACAUAUAGGCCUAAUAUGUUGCUAAAUUUCAAUUAAUUCUGAUGAUGGUGAAUCUGAACCAAGAGGUCUCCCUGCUCAGUGCCAUCCUGGAGCUCAAAAUGCUGCAGGCAGCACUGGCCACUGGGGGCUCCACAAUCCUGUUCCUUCCAGUACAGUCAUAUCCUUUUGCUGUCUAGACACUAGAGUGAAAUAGUCUGAAAAUACACUGUGAGGAAAAGAUCUCAGUGAAUAAAGCUAACUGGAAAAAAGGCAGUUAUAUGUUAAUUAAUUUCACAAUUUGCAGCUUGGAUUUUGUUUGUUUUGAGAUAAUCAAUGUAAAACAUUCCAUUAGCCAUUUGUGGGCUACUGUACCAUUAACUGUGAGGUUAGCUGUCAAAUACAAUGUGUCUAGACUCUGUGACUCAUUUGCAUAGAGCGUGUACAGUGGACCCAGAGGAAAAGACAAAAAUGGGAUGGACUGUUCCUGCAAGACAAAUACAUGGAGACCAUUUUCAAUUGCUAUGUCUGAUCUGUUAUGGAUACCUAUAAAGAGAGAGGCUGUAAUGUACAUGAAUAUGGCUCUAAAUGCUGUUACAACAUAAUGUUGAAUUAAAGUGCAUCGCUGCCAUAAUGCUGACCCAUUGCAACGCUGCUCUCUGCCACAGCAAUAUGUCAGUUGUUAAACACUCUUACUGAGGCUACUGAAGCUGGAAAAGUUGUAUCCAACCCCCCUGAAUGUUCUAAAUUCAAAAAGUACGCAGGCUAACCUGUUGAUUGUGUAGUCAAGUUCGUUUUUGUUUUGUAGUACUGUAGUGAAUCAAUGGCUUAAAGAAGUUACUGAAAGGCAUUGCUGACUAUUUUUUAUACCAAGCAUCUAAUUAGUCUAGGCCAUGUAUUUGAGACAUACAUUAAUACUUUUAUAUGAACUAUUAAAUCUGUGAAUAUGUAGGACUGUAUAGUUUUUUCAGAAAGCUUCAGACCUCUGCCCCUUUUGCACACUUUAUUAUGAUUUCAGUUUUUUUUCAUUAUAGGUUAU